GUAAAGAGAGAUAGAUUUUCAUCGCAGAUGAAAAACGGGGAAUGAAAAAGCAUCUGCAAACAUGUCAGAGAAUUAAUUUAUAACGCGUAAAAUUGUAACAAAAUCAACCUCUAUUCGAUGUUCUCUCUCACUAAUCAUGUUUUCAAAUCAGAAUUGCAAAACAACGGAAUAUCAAGUAAUCGAAGUGUACAUGCUAUUUCAUUUGAGUUUCUUGUUCAGUUGUUCUAACCAAAAACAAGUGCGUUAUCCUUGUAUGCAAAAUGUGUAUAAUCACUAUAAUCUCGAACCGCAGUUUGGUCACCGCAAGCGACAUGAUAACGUAACGAGUAGGAAGAGAGAUUCUCCCAGAAGAAGGAAUGUCAUCAGCCGCCGAUCAUUCAUCACCGUCCGAUUACUUUUACGCCGAAAACUACGACUACGCCGUGCAAUCGCGUUCCCUGCACAACAAUACCGCCACUCCGAUCGCACACUUGAACGGAAACUCGCUGAUUCGUCUCGUCCUGACGAUCCUGCUGCGUGCUGGCUUUGUGCUCGUGCAACUCGGAAGCGUGCCGGUCAACAACGUCAACUUGAUCCUUCUGCACAAUGCAGUCGACUUCUGUUGCGUCACUGUCAUGUACUUCCUCACGGGUUUUCUCGUCGCCUACAAUGGCGACCUGGCCGGUCUGAUUGGCGAAGGUUACUGGAUCGGCGAUCCGAUGGUCGACAAGAACGAGGCGAUUACCGGUUGGCAAGCGAUAGUGAUCGCGUCGGCGAUCUGUACCACCGCUGUCGCGGGCAGGAUGCACGCGGCAGGAUACCUGUUGGUAGGUGCUCUGCUAUCGGGCCUGAUACAACCGUUGCUCAUCCACUGGGCCUGGACCGCCGAGGGAUGGAUGGCCGAGAACGAGUUAGGUGGAAGAAUCGUCAGUUUCAAAGACUAUGCUGGCGCGGCAGUGGUCCAUGUCGUUGGGGGACUUUCCGGUCUGAUCGGCUGUAUUACCCUCGGCAGGAGAAUGCUCAGAUUGAAGGAUUUGGACGAUGCGAGCAUUACCGCCGGCUCCGCCGGCACCGUCUUCGGGGGUCUGCUGCUCAUUCUUGCCGGACUCCAAGGCCUAUGCACGAGCACGUAUGAACGGGACAAGUUUCGCAUGUCCACGCGGGAUCCAUCGCACGCAUACGUGAACAAUUUGCUAGCCGCAGCCUCUUGCACGCUGUUAGUCGUGGCUCUGCACUCUGCGUUCAGCCGCGAAAGCUUCAACCACUGGACGGCGAUGAGAUGCGUUCAAGGCAUGCUCGCCGGCGUAGUUACUGUGUCGGCCGCAGCCAACGAGUACUCGCCGCAAACAGCCAUCGCCCUGGGUUGCCUGGGUGGUGUUGCGUUCUACCUAAUCUCCCGACAAGUCUUCCGCAGUGCCCUGGAGGACUAUUGUAACGUUGUGGCCGUGCAUCUCGUUUGCGCGAUCCUCGGCAGUGUUCUGGCACCUUUCUGCGCUGUGCACCUCGACACCGAGGAUACCACAACACUGUUAUUGAAUUUCUCCUGGCAAUUAAUUUGUCUGGCUGCAUUGUUCGCCCUGGUCGGUACGGCAAUGUUGCUGGUCUUUGGCAUGCUGGAACUCUGCGGUAUACUUCGUAAUAGAUCAGAAUGGCUGAAUCACGUGCGAGCCAACGUAGCCGUUGACAGAGGUCCACCAAGAUCGUUCUUACGAAGGCUCUUCUUUCCUGACAGCGGUUCCGUUUACCUGCAACCGGGCUCGAUCUCUAGCACGGACCAUCGUCCAAGCGCAGAUUCGAGAUUUUGCAAGUAUCAAACGGAGAUAGACAAACUCGAAAAAGGGAGGUUCACGAGUAAACGAGAGAUGAAUAUCAAAAAUGAAGACAGCGUUACACAACCUCUACCGACAGGAACAAGAAUAAAGAAAGCGAGACAAGUGCAUACUCUAUCUGGGAGUAUCCCCGUAGUAAUGGAGGAUCAAGGCGGUACUGGCGAAUCGAUUAACCAUAAUCUUCCGGAAAUUGUAAGAAAACAAUUUCUUGGAAGAGAAAUAAAGCAUGUUCUGGAUCCUAUCGAAGAAAUUGACGAAGAGCACGCGAAGGAAUGCGAAGUGCAACCGAGUAACCCUCAACGUAACAUUGAAGACUGCAAUGCUGGUGAUGAAAAUUCAAUCUUUCGAAAAAGCAUUAACGCAUUUGCGACGACGAGGGACUCAAACGAAUCGAAUUAUCAACUUCGGCGAACAGCAAAACUGAUAAACCUACACCAUGAACUCAGUAAGGAAGAUUUGCGAGUUGUGUUUGGGCCGAAACGCGUGGAUUCCUCGUCCAGCGAUUCGUGCGACGAGGAUAUCAUAUUCGCAAGGAAUGAAUCUGUUAGAGAUAUCAUGACGAGCAAUGACUCGUUAAUUCAUGGCACCAACUAACGAUGCUUCUUGCUCCGUCGUAAUUACUAAUUAGAUUUGACUCAAACGCGGAAGCCAUUUGUGUGCAAUCUCAUCAUUGGCCAAGUUACCAAAGGGCUAAGCUUUGUCAAUUUCUUGGAACUAGGACAAUCAAGUGCUUUGAAGCUUUGAAGGGAAGAUACCUUGAAGCUAUAUUAUAACGCUGCUACUAUUGCGAGCUUCCAAAAUUGCCUCCAUUUCGAGAUACUAAUAUGUAUAGUAAUAACAUAUGAGAUAACUUAUGUACUCGAAGAAAAUGAAAAGAGUAGAGUGUAUAAAGUAACAACAAAAUAAAAGGUGAUACUCUGAAAUUAAGAGAGAUAUAUAGCGUGUGUGGUACAAAAGGUGUAUCAUAUAUUAUAUUAUAAUAAUAUAAUAAUAUUACGCAGCAUUUCAUUUGAAUACAUCGCCAGUAGAAAACGGUCCAAUCAAAGGAUUUCCAGUGUUUCUUUUUAUUAGAACUUACACGCUAUUCAUACAAUAUUUUACACAAUAGAGUAGUUGUAAGUUGAAUAAUUAAAAGUUCCUAUCCAAGUGUCGCACACACACAUCUCCUAUAUGCACGAUUUCGUUAAUUCGCGCAAUCAUGGCAUCAUUUGUUCUGCGUGACAGUCUA